AUUUAGCAGAAGAGAAGAGAAAGCUAGAGGCGAAGAGAGAGCAAUUAUGCCUUCAGAUUCAUCACUCUUUCUCCUGCUUUUCUUCUUCUUAGCCUUCGCUCUGCUCUCAGUAGGCCACGCCACAAUCCAAAGCGAUGAAAGCGAAGGAAUUGGGCGCAGAGCGCUGCUGAGUCUAAAAGAAACCCCUCGUGGAAGUAACACUACCUUCGAAUGCUCUCCAGCUGGUCCUUGCGUUCCUUGCCUUUACUCUGAGAAGAAGGAUGAGAAAUAUCGCUGCAGUGAGACCGGCUAUCGCAUCCCUUUGAAAUGUGUGGAAACUAAACGUAGUUCGAAGGAUGAAAAAGCAAAAGGUUCUCAAAAGAGUCGAUCUACUCUGGGGAUCUAUCACAACGAUGCAGAAGAACUCGGCACUUCUGUAAAGCAUAGAAGUUUACUUGAUGAUUCAGCCACACUAGAGGAUGGACCACAGGCUUACAUUACUUACAGAAGCUGUAUACCAGCAGUUAGUGAAGAGAAGCUGUCAGUGCUUGGUUUUGAGGUGAUUGUGCUGUUCUUCUUACUCAUCAGCGGUUCGGUUGUAUACUUGAGAAGAAAGCAGACUGUUUCCAUGACCGGAUUUGGAGCAGGGCGAAUUCAGAGCAACUCUAGGUUUUAAACGGAAAUCCUGUGCCACAUCAGAAGCAGCUAAUUCGAGGGGCAUCCAACUGUACCAUUUGCGGGCUUCAAUUCUCCCACUGCAUAGUAUGUCUCGCAUUGAGAGGAUUCUUUUAUCUUUUUUUUCUCCGUUCUGUAAUAUUUUGUUCAUACGGCUUACAAUUCUUUGGUUAGGAAUGUAAUGCAAAAACCUUGUUACUCUAUGUUGGUCCAUCUUGUCGCUUUCAACUA